AUGAAACAAAAAGAAGCCCAGUCCAGCAAUCCUCGAAGCCGCGAAAACAAACUUAGAAUCAAUAAUCGCCCAACUCCGCCAGAACCACCUACAUAUCUCGACAACACUUCAUCGCACAUCCACUCAAAACCAUCAUUCGCUGAAGUCACCAGCGGCCAAAAACCAGCAGUAACUGAACCCUCUAUAACGGCCACCAAAGUACUGUCUAUAAUUCACAAACUAUUAGGUGCAGCCCAAGAAUGUAGGGACGCCUCCACCAAAGAUUCCAUCAUAAAUACCAUCAUGUCAAUCAUAUCAGAAUUCUUAGCAAAAAAUGAAUAG